CCCACUGCCUUCCGUUUGUCUGCUCACGGCGAGAACGGAAAACAUACACAAAGCAGAAGGAAUUAGCGAGUGGCAGAAGUCAACCCAUUCCGUCGUGUUUUUCGUUGUAUCGCUAGAAAACAAGUACCAAACCAGCAGCUUUGAUUAUGUCUACGUUUUUAAGAGGUUCUUGCUCGUGUUAUGCUUGGUUAGAAGUUUUCUGCAUGAUUUGAAUUCCUAUGAUAUUCCGCUCCCCAUGUGAAGUUGAAGUUGAAACUCAUCAUGGCAUUUCCAGUUCGAUGGUGUUGGAUAUGGCUUAAACGCAAUUGGAUUGUAACUUUUCUAUCAUUGGUUCUGUUGGCUUUGCUCUUCAGUAUAUUCAGUCUAAAAUGGUCUGAUGUGGACUCUAAAGUGGGAAACCCCAAACCAGCUCUUAGUGAAGUGGCUGUAUCUCGUUUGUCUUUAUCACAUGGCUCCAAGCAAACCAAUAAGCUUUCAACAAAUCAGAGUGCCAAUGUCGGAGAAAUUCGUGCCAAAAUGUUGCGAGAGAAAAUCCAGAAAAUUUCUCAGAAAGUAAACAAACCACAAAUGUCUGUGGACAAUGUCAAAAUUUUGGAGCCAAACCCUCAUGUCCAUGCAUUUUAUUAUGCUUGGUAUGGUAAUGUAGCGGUUGACGGCAAUUGGAGUCAUUGGAACCAUUUAUAUCUAACUAAUUGGAAGAAAGAAGACAAGAAAGUUUACCCCACCGGAAGACACAAGCCUCCAGAUGAUAUUGGUUCGAACUUCUACCCUUCUUUAGGAUGUUACAGUUCACGAGAUCCAAGAAUCAUUGAUGAACAUAUGCGCAUGAUGCAUCAGGCAGGAAUAGGUGUUGUUGUGCUAUCGUGGUACCCGGAAGGUAUGACAGAUUCACCUGAGGACAUUUUCCCACUAAUGCUUGACACUGCCUAUCGCUAUGGCCUCAAAGUGGCUCCACAUAUUGAACCAUACAAGAACCGUAAUCCAAUUAAUCUUCAUCAACAUCUCAGCCACUUGAUAAUGAAAUAUGGAAGCCACCCAGCAUUCUACAGACUGAAACGCUUACACCAGAGAUCAGACGCCAGAGACUUGCCAGUAUUUUACAUUUAUGAUUCCUAUUUGACUCCUGCAGCAGCGUGGCGGGAGCUUUUAAGUGCCAAAGGAAAUUUAAGCAUUCGUGGAACACAUCUUGAUGCAGUCUUCCUUGGACUCUUAGUUGAAAUGCAACAUCGAUAUGAUAUCAAAAAAGCUCAUUUUGAUGGCUUUUACACCUACUUUGCUACUAAUGGCUUCACCUAUGGAUCUACUUGGAAAAAUUGGCGAAGUUUAAGCAAAUUUGCUCAUCAAAAUGGUCUUCUAUUUGUUCCUUCUGUUGGGCCUGGAUACAUUGAUACUCAGGUCAGACCUUGGAAUAUUGCAAAUGCCCGACAUCGAAGACAUGGAAAGUAUUAUGAAGUGGCUUGGCGUAGUGCCUUAUCUGCCCCUACUAACUAUGUGUCCAUAACUUCUUUUAAUGAGUGGCAUGAAGGUACUCAAAUUGAGCCAGCAAUGCCACAUCAAACUGAAACCUUCACUUAUAUGGACUACAAGCCAGCUGGUACUGAUUUCUACCUAAAUUUGACCCGAUGGUACGUGAACGAAAUGUCAAAACGUAAGAGCACCUGAAAUAUCCAUUUAUUUUUAUUCCAACGUUACUGAGUGUCUCGAAAAUUUAGAAAAUAACUCAUGUUUAAUAGCUUUCACAUUUUUUACAACUUAUUGUUCAGGUAGAGCAAAAUGAAAAUUUUGGUGUAGUUAUACUACGUUACGCAGUGUUGACAUCCUUCCAUACACAGUGUCAUGCCAUACCAUGCACAGUGUAACAGGAAUGUCUGUUUAGGACCCUGAAAGAAUUGCUUGACUGAGUUCUGCAGCUUUUAGUGAUUGAAUUCAGUAUGAGGCAAGUAUUAUAAUACUUGUUUGCUCCUUUUCUAUUGUCACACGGUUUUGGUCAUAUUUUGUCCUCCCUCUAAGUGUUGUGUCUUUUCAUUUUUUGUGAUAUUACCGUAUCUAGCAUAUAAAGUGCUAGUGAUGCCAUGCUUGAACCAAAACACUGGUUGAAUUCAUCACUGCUGCCACUUGAUGUAUUGUUCAUGGAUUUGGCAUUUGCCUCAUCAGUUUAGGUUUAUGGAUUCUCUUCCUAAGAAAUUUUCAUGUGCAAAUUCAUUUUAUGUAUUGUUUUUUGUUCUUCAGUAGCACUGACAAAGUGAGCCAAAUGUUGAUUGAUCGAUAUUAGAGUUAUGUGAUGACAUUAAGCUUUAUUAGAAUCUUUUCACCAAUCAUAGAUGUACAUGGACUUUUAGUGUUUAGCGUCCAUGCCAUGCAUUCCUCAAUUUUCUUCAAUUUAAUAAUCAAUCAUGUGUCUGUAGUGAAACCAUCAGCUCUUGGCUGUGAUGCUUUGUGACUUUAACAUUAACUUGUGCAUUUUUAAAGUAACCAUUCUCCUGACUGUGAUUUGUAGAUAGUACUAAAUAAAAUCUAGUUAAAUCUUAAAAUAUUUUUUUGUCUUUUAAGCUAAGUUUAGAGCCAAUUGUCAAGGCACAUUUCUGUUCUAUUGAUGCUAUGACUUCCUAGUCUUGACAUUAAAUGGUUUUAAGUUCCCCAACCAAAGAGCUGGGAAGUUACCCUUCCAAUCUGUUAUAGAAUAAUCGGGCACUCAUGUGGCAAUAUUAUAAAUGUAGCUCCUUUUUGAAGUGACUCCCUUUCACAGUUCAUUAGUUUUAAUUCUUGAACUACCUUCCUACUUGUUUAUUGUGUCUUACAUAAUAAAACUCUACCUAAUUGGA